AGUGUCGGGAUUUUAAAAGCAGCGUCGCUAUUUUAUCAAGAAACAUUUUAUCAAGAUUCUGGAAUAAUGUAAAGAUAUUCUAUGUUUCAAGGUCCUGGGAGAUGGUGGUACCCAGGAACUUGAAGAACUCCACAGUAGACACCGGGCUGUCUGAUAUGCUGAGGGGGAGCAGUGAUGACAGACGUCUCCUGAAGUCCACUGUCAUCUACAGUCUUGUGCGUGUUCAGCUCCAGGUUGUGCUGACUGCACCAGAGUACCAGCCGCUCCACUUCCUGCCGAGGCCCCAGCAGGAAUCAUCUGGUCUGGAUCAGCAUAAAAAUGGAUGGAUCUGCUUCUGAAAUGCGCCCCCCUGCGGGGUGUAACAGAAAGAGCCCUGAGAGUGUCCUGAUGGAGAGAGCAGACUCCCCUGUACCCAGCUGUGUUUCCCUGAAGAGUGACGCGUCAAUGGACCCCCCACUCACCUUCAGAGAGGGACCUUUUCCUACAGAUCAAAGUGUCCUGAUGAAGAGAGCAGACUCCCCUGUACCCAGCUGUGUUUCCCUGAAGAGUGACGCGUCAAUGGAGCCCCCAAUCACCUUCAGAGAAGGACCUUUUCCUACAAAUGAAAGAGACCAAAUGGAAGAUUGCAGUUCAGAUCUACAUGAUAAAUCGGGUUUAUCAUCCAUAUUGAAGUCGCUAGAGGAAAAAGCCAUGAAGUUCCUAAAGGAGGAACUGGAGACGUUUGUGAGGCACCUAGAUCAGAAUUACCCAGAAUGCUCUGAGCCUCAGCUGGAGGAGGACAAUGACCUGGACUGUGAUGGUCAGAUGCAGAAGACCAGUGUUAGAGAGGUAGCUCUGAAGAUCACACUGUACAUUCUGAGGACCAUGAAGCAAGAUGAUCUUGCUGACCUGCUGGACAAGAGACAGCUCAUGCUACAGGAAAUCAAAGCUAAACUUAAGAAGCAAUUUGAGUGUGUAUUUGAAGGGAAAGCUAAGGAAGGACAGCCAACACUUCUCAGUGAGAUUUACACAGAACUCUACAUAACUGAAGGUGGGACUGGAGCAGUCAAUGAUGAACAUGAAGUGAGACAGAUUGAAACAGCAUCCAAGAAAAGGCGAACAGAAGAUACUACAGCCAAGUGCAAUGAUAUAUUUAAACCCUUAUGUGGGCGUGAGACACCUAUCAGAACUGUACUCACUAAAGGGGUGGCAGGUAUUGGGAAAACAGUCUCUGUGCAGAAAUUUAUUCUCGACUGGGCAGAAGGAAAAGCAAACCAGGAUGUUCACUUCAUAUUUGCUCUUCCUUUCCGGGACCUGAAUUUGAUUAAGGGUGAAUACAGUCUGACUGAACUGCUUCACCACUUUGUCCCAGAACUGAAAUCAUUUCAAUCCACUGAGCUGUUUAGCUACAAAGUCUUGUUCAUCUUUGAUGGUCUGGAAGAGUGUCGCUUUCCUCUGGAUUUUCAGAACAAUGAGAGCUGGUUUGAUGUAACAAAGAAAACGUCACUAGAUGUGCUGUUAACUAACCUCAUUAAGAGGAGAAGUCUGGAGAAGAAAGUGCCCCGCUCUGAUGGCGGCGCUUCUAAAGAGGCCCUUUCCCCUCUUCUGGCACCUUUUCUUGAGGAAAUGAAGAACUUCGUUUCCGAACAGGUGAACUCCUUAAAUGGCACGCUCCAGCAACACCACUCGGAGCUCCGCGCUGACCUGAACUCGCUGAGGGCGGACUUUAAAUCUAUUCAAAAAGAAGUCGCCUCUGUGAAGUCUGUGACCGAUCGACACUCCAGGGAGCUGGCUGAUUUUAAUAAGGGCCUACUUUCCCUGGAUGUUAAAAUCACUGAGAUUGAGGACCGCAGCCGUCGCCUUAAUCUUAAACCAGCCAUUGACCAUGCCCACAGGCUGCAUGGCCGGUCCGAAACCUCUUCUCGUCCGCCUCCCAUCCUCAUGCACUUCAUGGACUUCCGUGACCGGCAGGCUGUGGUACGUGAAGCCCGCAAAGUCCAGGACCUCAGUUUUGAAGGUGGGAGAAUUUUCUUCUUUCAAGACUUUAGCGCCAAGACGGCUGCAGCCAGGAAGGCGAUGAACGCGCCGAUCCGGAGAGCGAAGGAGUUGGGUCUUUCUCCUUUCCUGAUUUUCCCUGCGCGCCUGAAGCUGUCUUUUGGAAGCCAGCAGGUCAUGUCCGCUACUCCGGAGGACGCGAAUACCGCCAUGGAUCAUUUUCAGUCUCUUGGGACUCUUCCCGUAUAA